AUGUAUUUUACAAGAUGUUGUCACCUCAAGACGGUCAAUCCAACACUUACUCGCACGGUAAUGUCGUCCUUCAAGGUGCACCCUGUGGUCAAUGUCGAGAUUUAUGUCCAGCUGGAUACGUGCCUCAUUUUUGGCGACAUUGGUGAAGCGAAGAGGAAUUCUCGUAUAUCUUCGGCUCGCCGGAGGCAGCACUCAGCCUUCGGGAUAAGUUCGUUAGAGUGCCCUGCUGUCUUCUGCUCCAAGACACUCCCGAAGGACGAGGAGGGUCCUUCGGUAUUACCUUCACCUUGCUCUUCAGAGGCUUCCCGCCCCUUCAACUGUCUUCUAAUUUCCAACGUUUCGACGAUCGUUCAAUUUUCACAAUUUACGGAGCCGUUUAACCCCUAUAGAUUAUUGGAAAUACCUCAUAGUGAUAUACUCUAUAUGCUUAUUUUCUACCAAUCUAUUGAAACCAAUUAUUGGUCAAAUCAAUUUCCUAUAUAUUUUUAU